UUCCGGUUCCCUGUUUCUGGUCGCAAAACGUGCGCGAGCAGCAUUGGAAGUGAGAAGCUGAGCUGAGAGCGAGCGAGGCGGCCAUUACCGGCACCAUGUCCGACAACGAGGACAACUUUGAUGGAGAGGAUUUUGAUGAUGCAGAAGAGGAUGAAGGACUUGAUGAUUUGGACAAUGCAGAGGAGGAAGACCGGGAGAAUGUUGCCAUUCUACCUGCUGGAGAAGGCCAGCAAGCCAACCAGAAACGCAUCACUACUAACUAUAUGACAAAAUAUGAGAGGGCACGUGUGCUGGGAACAAGAGCUCUGCAGAUAGCGAUGUGCGCCCCAGUCAUGGUUGAGCUGGAAGGAGAAACAGACCCCCUGCUUAUUGCUAUGAAGGAGCUCAAAGCCAGAAAGAUACCUAUAAUCAUCAGACGCUACCUACCUGAUGGCAGUUACGAAGAUUGGGGAGUGGACGAACUCAUCAUAACAGACUAGGACCUCACAAGAUACUGUGGACUUUUCCAGCCUCACAGGAACUUUAAAUAUUUUAUCAAUCUCCACAACAUUUCUUCUUUUGCUGUUGUACAUAGUUUGUUUUUUAAAUAAAUUCUAUAUUUGGUAAAUUCUAAAAGCUAUGUGGAAUAAUUCUAGUUAAAAUGACCCGAGGUGGUUUACCAAAUGUUGAUCAUUGGAAAAUAAAGAUUGCAAACGACAUAAGGGACAGGAAGUCUGUGUUGCAAUCAAACGCCACAAACUUAAUUUAAUAAUUGUAUAUCUCAUUCUACCUGAGAAAUAUGUCAUGUUGUGAAUCGUAAGGCAUAAAGUUUGUCAACUCUUUGUUUUCAGAAUAUCCCUUGAUAACAUGAACACCAAAAUUGGUGUCUUCUAGAAAAAGUAAUUACUCCAAUCCUCUUUUGAGCAAAGACUAUUCAAGCACAUAAAGAGAAUUCAUGCACCUGUUUUCUUCGAUGCGCUCUCUUCCUAAACCCCCACAUCCAUUCCUUACCUGUUUUCGGUAGAACAGUAAGCCUAUUGUGUGUCUCUCCCACUGCAUCUGUUGUCAUGGAAACGCACAUGGUUGGGACAAAUUUCUCAGGAGUAUCAGAAGGCAGGAUGAAUCCCACUCUUUGUUUUCCAAAAAUUAUGGUCCGUUGCUGCUGCGUUCCUUGUCACACCUGGGGGACUGCAUAGUCAUGAUCACAGUGCUACUGUUUGGACAGUAAAUGUUUUCAUAGACUUGUAUCUGAAAUUAAUAUUGAUUUGAUGUUUUCAGUACUGUUUUGUUUCAGAUACUUCUUCCCAAUUACAAAGAUACACAUCUCGUAUGUUAACAUUUUUUUUUAAUGGUAGAAGUAAAACUUGUUAAUGGGUCAUAAUUAAUCAUA